GUGAUCGAUCUCCUGCAUUCUUCACGGGUGACGAACAAGAAUGAUCAGUGUUCGGUCACGUGCAGCACUGUUCGGUCACGUGCUCGUCUGCUGCUCCCGUGGCGCGCGCACUCUCUGGUUACGAAAUCUCUCUCUCCCCCUAAAUCUCGCGGUAGCUUCUCUGCAUCACGAGAAAGCCCUCUUCGACAAGCACUCUCCUCCUCCCAAUUAGCGAUUCCCUAUCCCCGAUCCGAUCGAACAAGGCGUCAUUCCCCAAUUUUCUCGUUCUUUCUCGCGCCUCACUUUCGGAUUCUUUGGUGUUGCUUCUGAUCUCAGACUGGAUCGGUUUCUAGGGAUUGAUGUCGCAGCGGUUCCCGCUGCGAAGAGAGCGAUGGAGAGGAAGAAGUAUCCGAUCCGCGCUGAGGAUUACCAGCUGCGCGAGCCGGUGGGGCAGGGGGUCAGCGCUUCGGUCUACCGGGCGCUUUGCAUUCCCCUUGACGAGGUCGUCGCCAUCAAGGUCGUCGAUUUCGAGAGGAAUAACAGCGAUCUGAACAACAUCUGUCGGGAGGCACAAACUAUGAUCUUGAUAGACCAUCCUAAUGUUCUCAAGGCACACUGCUCCUUUGUGAAUGAUCACAAUUUAUGGGUUGUCAUGCCUUACAUGGAGGAAGGGUCUUGCCUGCACAUAAUGAAGUCUGCUUAUCCCAAUGGCUUUAAAGAAUCUGUAAUUGCAACAGUGUUACGUGAAGUACUGAAGGGAUUGGAAUAUCUUCAUCACCAAGGGCACAUUCACCGUGAUGUAAAGGCUGGGAAUAUUCUAGUUGAUGCACGAGGUGGCAUUAAACUUGGAGAUUUUGGUGUUUCAGCUUGCCUUUUCGAUUCCGGUAACAGGCAAAGAUCAAGGAAUACAUUUGUGGGGACACCUUGCUGGAUGGCCCCUGAGGUGAUGGAGCAACUGCAUGGUUAUGAUUUCAAGGCUGAUAUAUGGUCUUUUGGAAUUACUGCUUUGGAACUUGCUCAUGGUCAUGCUCCUUUUUCAAAAUAUCCUCCAAUUAAGGCCUUGCUGAUGAACUUGCAGAAUGCUCCACCAGGCCUUGAUUAUGAAAGUGACAAAAAAUUCUCAAAGGAUCCUUCAAAAAGACCUACUGCACAUAAGCUGUUGAAACAACCAUUCUUCAAGCAAGCCAGAUCUCAGGACUACAUA